GGGCAGAGUUCAGGGGAGAGAGAAGCAGCAGCAGCAGCGGUGGCAGCAGCCAUUUUAGCGAUACAGGACACAUGUCUUGAUAAACCCUGAGACAUGAAACACAGGCUAAAAAACAGCGAACCAUCAGCUUAUGUCUCAAUCAAGCUGGAUGGUAUAAGUACUGGCACCAUGGUGACGAUGAAUCACUUGAGUGCUGAGGACCCAGACGAUGGCUCUCCUCUGCUGCCUGAUGCUGAGGAGGCUGCAACACCUACGCCUGUCUAUCACAGACAGCGAGGGGUCAUAGAGACUGACUCCAAGGAGUUCUUCCUGAGCGGGCGUGAGAACCUUGUUCUAAGUCUUGUGCUGCUGAUCGGAGGCUACUCAGCUAUUCUGAUUCCUGCAUACCUCACGUUGAAUAAGACAGCAAAUAUCAGCGACGACUACGAGCGACCCAGAGAUCAGGUCCUACUAAACCGCUCAGCAUCCCUGCUCUCAGACCCCUGUAAGCCUCUGUGGUGUCUGAACCACCUGAAGCCCCUCUCCUUUUCUGCAGGCCUCCUGGACAUCCCUGUGUUCAUGCAGCAGGACAGGCCUGUGUCCUGGGAUCUGUCCCCUCCGUUAGGGCUGCAGGGCAGCGAAGAGAAUCUGGCCUUGGCCCUCGCCUCUCUGCCUCAGCCUGGCCUGCCUCCAUCACUGAAGAGAGAGGGCGGCUGCAAGCGAUGUGUGGUGGUGGGGAGUGGAGGGGUUCUUCAUGGGAGCUAUCUAGGAUCCCAUAUUGAUCAGUAUGACGUCAUUAUCAGGCUGAAUAACGCUCCAGUUCCUGGCUUCGAAAGAGAUGCUGGUACUCGCACUACCAUCCGCCUGCUUUACCCAGAAGGAGCCCCUCACUCUGCAGACGAGUACAAAAAGACCACCAUGGUUGCCCUUGUGGUCUUUAAGAGCCUGGACCUGGCCUGGCUCACCUCUGUCAUCACCAAGCAGCCUCUGAGCUUCUGGUCCAAAUUUUGGUUCUGGAGGGAGGUGGUGGAUGAUAUUCCCCUGAGAGCAGAGAACUUCAGAAUCCUUCACCCGGAGAUAAUGCACAAGACAGGACAAGUCCUACAGAAAUAUGCUGUUAAACAAGGGGAAAUGGUGCCGACAUUAGGUGCCAGUGCGGUGGUGAUGGCUCUGCAGCUGUGCGACCAGGUGAGCCUGGCAGGGUUCGGGUACGACAUGCAGCACCCAGAGGCCAGGCUUCACUACUAUGAGGAACUACGCAUGGAUGUCAUGAAGGCUCAAGUGGUUCAUGACGUCAGCGCUGAGAAACUCUUCUUGAGGGACCUGGUGGCUGCAGGAGCUGUGACAGACCUGACGGGAGCUCUGUGAGUCAGCAGCUCCAAGACUGAUAAUAAACUGUCCUCUACAUACACUCCUCCCUCUCACCAAGAGCCUCAAACAAUCAACUGUACGUGGAGAUAAUUGAGCCCAGCUGGAAGAAUCCUUCACAGCAUGGACUGACCUUAAACAUGCCUACAGUCUCCAGGGAUGUCUCUAAAGGUUAGACAGACUCAUGACUGUAGAAACACAAACAUAUCUCAAUUAAACUGAAAGACAAUAUUUUAUCCUCAGCUGUGAGAAGAACUGAAAAUGUCUCAUGGACGAAAAACUGUGCAAGGACAAAAAUUAACAUGGCUGUUAUUGUGUUUACAUAAAUGAAAAAACAAGUGUA